AUGGCGCCCGCAGAUCUCGACAGCGCAGAAGCCCAAUGGCGGGCUCAAUUUGAAGCCAUGAAGACGGCCCUUGCCGGCCUCAAGCUUCCCUCCGCUCCUCCGUCCGAUGUUGACUUUGACGACGAUUACGAGGGGUACUCUUCAGGCAGCGGUGCACAGGAUGUCUGGGACUUCAUCGAGGAUGACGAUGAUGAUGACUACAGCAGCGACCAGCUCGACGGACAGGAGGCCCUCAACGGAGAUGACGCGUAUGGUGCUGCCUGGUUUGCGAGCAAAUGCUCCGGCAUUGCAGCAAAGAACGGUUUGGCCGACGACGUUUUCCAAAGCCAGGUCCUGAGUAUUCUUACCUCGGGCCGGGGUGAUGAGGAGCUUCAGUCUCAGCUGGCUGACCUGAUCGGUUUUGACGAUUUCGACUUCAUUAUUGAGCUGCUCGGUCAUCGCGAUCAGAUUGUGUCUGCUGUGUCUUCCCAGGGCGCACAGGAGCCUUCAGGCCGACUAUUGUCCAAAUCUCAGCGUGAAGACGCCUUGAGACGAAAGGAUUACGAACACAAAAAUGCGGCUCUCGCCCCGGCCAUGACCAAGGAGAUUCAAUAUCCCCACGUUUACAAGGCUUACAAUGCUGGAAACUCACUCAGUCACUCCGGAAAGAAGUACGCUCUGCCUCAGGGCAGCGAGAGGCUUCAGUUCGACAAGUACGAAGAGUACGCCAUUCCGGCAGGAAAGAAGGGCGUUCUGGGUCCCGGUCAAAAACUGGUCAAGAUAUCCGACAUGGAUGGCCUCUGUCGCGGCACUUUUCAGGGGUACAAGGCACUCAACCGUAUGCAGAGUCUUGUUCAUCCGGUAGCUUACAGAACGAACGAGAACAUGCUCAUUUGUGCUCCAACUGGUGCCGGUAAAACGGACGCGGCCAUGCUCACUAUCUUGCAAACUAUUGGACAUUACUGUACUCCCAACCCUAUCGAGGACACCGUUGCCACGGAUUUCGCAGUUGAUGCUCAAAACUUCAAGAUUGUCUACGUCGCCCCGAUGAAAGCCCUUGCGGCUGAAGUCACGGAGAAGCUUGGCAAGCGACUGGCAUGGCUCGGAAUCAAGUGCCGCGAAUUCACCGGAGAUAUGCAUCUGACCAAGGCCGAGAUCGUCCAGACACAAAUCAUCGUCACGACCCCUGAGAAGUGGGACGUUGUGACAAGAAAGGGCACUGGCGACACCGAGUUGGUUCAAAAGGUUCGCUUGCUGAUCAUUGACGAGGUUCACAUGCUCCACGAUGAACGUGGUGCUGUCUUGGAGUCUCUCGUUGCCAGAACUGAACGUCAAGUCGAGAGCACACAGUCUCUGAUUCGCAUCGUGGGCCUCAGUGCCACGCUUCCCAACUACAUCGAUGUUGCCGACUUCCUCAAGGUCAACCGAUACCAGGGCCUGUUCUACUUCGAUGCCUCAUUCCGCCCUGUGCCACUGGAACAGCACUUUAUUGGGGUCAAGGGCAAGGCUGGUUCGAAGCAAUCCAAGGAAAACCUGGAUCAAGUCGCCUUCGAAAAGGUCAGAGACAUGCUCCAGAGAGACCACCAAGUCAUGGUCUUUGUCCACUCGCGCAGAGACACCCUUCUUACGGCCAAGAUGCUCCAUGAGAAGGCUGUCGAGGAUUUCUGCGUAGACCUUUUGGACCCCACUGGCCAUCCCAACUACGAAAACGCGGUGCGGGAUAUGAAGCAAUCCAAGGCGCGAGACCUUCGAGAGCUGAUUCCUAAGGGCCUUGGAGUCCACCAUGCCGGUAUGGCUCGCUCCGACAGGAACUUGAUGGAAAGACUUUUCGCGGAGGGUGUCUUGAAAGUUCUCUGCUGUACGGCAACUCUCGCAUGGGGUGUGAACUUGCCUGCUGCCGCAGUCGUCAUCAAGGGCACUCAGGUUUACAGCGCCCAAGAGGGUAAGUUUGUUGACCUAGGUGUUCUUGAUGUUCUCCAGAUCUUCGGUCGUGCUGGUCGUCCUCAGUUUGAAGACACGGGUAUUGGUAUGAUCUGCACUACGCAGGACAGGCUUCAUCAUUACUUGACUACCGUCACGGAGCAACAGCCGAUCGAGUCCAAAUUCUCAACCAAACUUGUCGACAAUCUCAACGCUGAGAUUGCGCUUGGGACAGUGACGUCCAUUCCCGAAGCUGUUCAGUGGAUCGGAUACUCCUACCUUUUCGUCCGCAUGCAGCGGAACCCAAUGAGCUACGGCAUCGAAUGGGCCGAGAUCAGAGAUGACCCUUCUCUCGUUCAAAGACGUCGCCAGUUGGCCAUCCAGGCAGCCAGAACCCUCCAGCAGUGUCAGAUGAUCAUAUUCAACGAGGUGACGGAGGAACUUCGCAGCAAGGAUAUUGGUCGCAUUGCAAGCCAGUAUUACAUUCUGCACACCAGUAUUCAGAUCUUCAACACCAUGAUGCGUCCCCAAGCAACCGAGGCCGAUAUCCUCAAGAUGAUCAGUAUGAGUGGAGAGUUCGACAACAUCCAGUCCAGAGAUUCAGAAGAGAAGGAGCUGUCGCGGCUUAGACACGACGUCGUGCCCUGCGAUGUUGAUGGUGGCAUUGACACGCCGCAGGCUAAAACCAAUAUCCUGCUUCAGGCGUACAUCUCUAGGGCUCAGCCAGAGGAUUUCGCUCUUGGCAACGAUUUGAACUAUGUUGCUCAGCAAGCCGGUCGUAUCUGCAGAGCCCUGUUCAUGAUUGCCCUGAACAGGAGAUGGGGACAUCAGUGUUUGGUUCUCCUUACCCUUGCCAAGUCCAUCGAGAAGCGCAUUUGGCCGUUCCAGCAUCCUUUGCACCAAUUCGACUUCCCCAAGUCCGUGUUCAACCAGCUCGACGCCAAGGACAAUCUUUCCGUGGAAGCCAUGAGAGACAUGGAUGCCGCGGAAAUCGGUGCUCUCGUUCACAACCAGAGCGCCGGUAAGAAGAUCGCCUACAUUCUCAAUAACUUCCCGACGGUCAGCGUCGAAGCCGAGAUCGCCCCUCUCAACCGUGAUGUUCUUCGAAUCAAGCUGUUCAUCUACCCCGACUUCAGGUGGAACGACCACACUCACGGGACGUCAGAGUCUUACUACAUCUGGGUUGAGAACUCGGAGACUUCGGAGAUCUACCACCACGAAUUCUUCAUCCUCAACAGAAGAAAGAUCCACGACGACCACGAGCUCAACUUCACCAUUCCCCUCUCAGAUCCUCUGCCGACCCAGAUAUACGUGCGAGCAGUUUCUGACCGAUGGCUGGGUGCCGAGACGGUCCACCCGGUGUCCUUUCAGCAUCUCAUCCGACCUGAUACCGAGAGCGUGUAUACCGACCUUUUGAACUUACAGCCGCUGCCGAUCAGCGCCCUCAAGAACCCGGCUCUCGAAGACAUUUAUGCUCAGCGAUUUCAAUUCUUCAACCCUAUGCAGACGCAAAUCUUCCACACGCUCUAUCACACACCUGCGAACGUCCUUCUUGGCUCGCCGACGGGUAGUGGCAAGACCGUCGCUGCAGAGUUGGCAAUGUGGUGGGCUUUCAAGGAGCGCCCUGGGUCCAAGGUCGUCUACAUCGCUCCCAUGAAGGCUCUUGUUCGCGAGCGUGUAAAGGACUGGGGAGCACGACUCGCGCGACCUCUUGGUCUGAAGCUUGUUGAGCUGACUGGUGAUAACACUCCAGAUACCCGCACGAUCAAGGACGCGGAUGUAAUCAUCACUACCCCUGAAAAGUGGGACGGUAUCUCUCGUAGCUGGCAGACAAGAGGCUACGUCCGGCAAGUCAGCCUCGUCAUCAUUGAUGAGAUUCACUUGCUUGCUGGCGACCGUGGUCCUAUUCUGGAAAUCAUCGUUUCUCGUAUGAACUACAUCGCGGCAUCCAUCAAGAACUCUGUUCGCCUGCUUGGCAUGUCAACAGCCUGCGCCAACGCUACAGACCUGGGCAACUGGCUUGGCGUUAAGGAAGGUCUGUUCAACUUCAGACACUCGGUCCGCCCUGUUCCUUUGGAGCUCUACAUCGAUGGCUUCCCCGAAACACGAGGUUUCUGCCCGUUGAUGCAGUCAAUGAACCGCCCGACAUUCCUGGCCGUGAAGACACACAGCCCCGACAAGCCCGUCAUCGUCUUUGUUCCAUCCCGAAGACAGACUCGCCUGACCGCGAAGGAUCUCAUCAACUACUGCGGCAUGGAGGACAACCCUCGACGAUUUCUUCACAUGGAGGAAGACGACUUGCAGCUCAACCUCGCUAGAGUCAAGGAUGAUGCUCUGAAGGAAGCCAUCAGCUUCGGCAUUGGUCUUCACCACGCCGGUCUCGUCGAGUCUGACCGCCAACUUGCCGAGGAACUCUUCCUCAACAACAAGAUCCAGAUCCUCGUGGCCACCAGUACCCUUGCCUGGGGUGUUAACCUGCCCGCCCACCUGGUCGUUGUCAAAGGCACGCAGUUCUAUGACGCCAAGAUCGAAGGCUACAAGAACAUGGACCUGACCGACGUCCUGCAGAUGCUGGGACGAGCCGGCCGUCCGCAGUUUGACAAUUCCGGUGUCGCCCGCAUCUUCACUCAGGACGCCAAGAAGGACUUCUACAAGCACUUCCUCCACACCGGCUUCCCCGUCGAAUCCUCCCUGCACACCGUCCUCGACAACCAUUUGUGCGCCGAAGUCUCCGCCGAGACCAUCGUGACGAAGCAGGACGCUCUGGACUACCUCACGUGGACCUUCUUCUUCCGCCGCCUGCACAAGAACCCGUCCUACUACGGCCUCGAGAUCUCCGCCGAGGAGCACACCAGCAUCGCGGCGCAGACGAUGGCCAACGACUUCAUGAUCGACAUGAUCGAUAAGUCUCUGAACGAGCUCGCAAAGUCCAGCUGCGUCGAGGUCUUCCCCAACGGCGACGUCGACCCGACACCCUUCGGCAAGAUCAUGAGUUACUACUACCUCUCGCACAUCACAAUCCGCCACCUCGUCAAGCACGCCAAGCCCCAGGCCUCCUUCCUCGACGUCCUCUCCUGGAUGUCCCGCGCCACGGAGUACGACGAGCUCCCCGUCCGCCACAACGAGGACCUCAUCAACGACGAGCUCUCCCGCAACCUCCUGUUCCCCGGCAGCUCCUUCGGCCUCCCCAUGUGGGACCCCCACGUCAAGGCCUUCCUCCUGCUCCAGGCGCACAUGUCGCGCAUCUCCCUCCCCAUCACCGAUUACGUCGGCGACCAGACCAGCGUGCUCGACCAGGCCAUCCGUAUCAUCCAGGCCUCCAUUGAUGUCCUGACCGAACUCGGCCACCUCUCCAGCUGCCUCGAGUUCAUCAAGCUCCUGCAGUGCAUCAAGUCCGCCCGCUGGCCCGACGACCACCCGGCGUCCAUCCUCCCGGGCGUCGGCGUCGACACCCUCAAAAACGACACCUCCAACCUCUCCCUCGCCAAGAUCAGCGCCCUCGGCUCCCCCGCAAAGGUCACCCAGCUCGCCAAGAAGCUCUCCGUCCCGCCCCACCAGCAGCCGCGCUUCGCAAAGGCCGUCGCCCAGCUCCCCAACCUGGCCGUUGCCGUCCCGGAGACGACCGCCCUGUCCCUCGCCGUCGACCUCCGCCGCCUGAACCCCCUCACGGAGCGCGACGCCCACGUCUACGCCCCGCGCUUCCCCAAGCCCCAGAACGAGGGCUGGUUCGUCGUCCUCGCCGACCCCGCCCGCGACGAGGUCCUCGCCGUCAAGCGCGCCGGCUGGUCCCAGGGCCCCGGGCGCAGCGUCGCCGUCGGCUCCAGGCCGUCCGCCCGCGCUAACUUCAAGAUCCCCGAGGCCGCGCAGGGCAGGAAGCUCGACGUCCUCGUCGUGAGCGACGCUUACGUCGGGCUCGAGUACAAGAUCGCCGGGGUCGACAUCCCCACCGCGCCGGUGGUCGACGACGACGUGGACAAGUCCAAGAAGGCGCAGGCGCAGGCGCAGCAGACGAGCGGUGGCGGUGGUGGUGCGUCCAGAGCAUGA